AUGGACAUUCCAACUAACAACCUGUCGGCUCAUGCCUCUAAAAAUGAGCCUACAGAUACCCCCGAGAGAAAUGGGGGAACUUUACCACGGGAAAGCGCACAUGAGUGGACUGGGUGUAUCCGCUCGAAUAGGGGUCAAUUUCGGGAUGAAUAUGGUCGGACCUUGCAUCUUCGUGGCGUCAAUGUCUCGGGAAAUUCGAAGCUGCCCACCAAUCCUCCUGGUUCAACUCACUUAAAAGAGGGAUUCUUUGAGCACAAACAUGUUUCCUUUGUGGGAAGACCAUUUCCUCUCGAAGAAGCGGACGAACACUUUGGUCGGUUGCGAGCUUGGGGUCUGACUUUUGUGAGGCUUUUGGUGCCAUGGGAAGCCUUAGAACACGAGGGACCUGGAAUAUACGACGAAGAAUACAUCGAUUACUUGAUCAAAGUUUUAGAGAGGGCAUCCCGGUACGGUCUCAAGUGCUUUAUAGAUCCGCAUCAGGAUACGUGGAGCAGAUUUUCCGGUGGUUCUGGAGCUCCGGGGUGGACAUUUGAAGUUGCUGGACUAGAUUUGACCAAGUUCAUGGAAACCGGGGCCGCGUAUGUCCAUCAGUCUGCUCGACCUACUGAUAGCGGGCAUACCGCCUGGCCGACCAAUUACCAAAAACUGGCUUCGGCAACCAUGUUUACACUCUUUUUCGGUGGUGCCAUUUUCGCCCCGAACGCAACGUACCAAGGUGAACAUAUGCAAGAGUUCCUGCAGAGACAUUUCUGCGCAUGUUACCGACAUUUGGCCCAACGGUUACAGCACCUGAGCAUAGUAACAGGAUUUGAGGUCAUCAAUGAGCCACACUUUGGAUAUAUUGGCUUGAAAUCUCUCCAUCAAUUUGACCCACUGAAGGACUUGCAUUUUGGAGAUGCUCCUUCGGCGUUGCAAUCUAUGGCGUUGGGAUCGGGCAUUCCGCAGGAAGUCGAUGUGUGGGUAAAAAGCUGGCCUUGGCCGACACGGAAAAAUCAUAAGCGGGUCAUUAAUCCAGGAAAAACGUCUGUGUGGUUGCCUGGAAGAGAAUGCAUCUGGAGGCAGCAUGGGGUGUGGGACAUUGUGGAUGGACAACCUCGUGCGUUGGUACCCGAUUACUUCACAAAACGGCGGGACGGGACACCGGUCGAUUUUGGUCGUGAUUGCUAUCUUCCUCUAAUAAAACGCUACACAACGGAGAUCCUGAGCGUCAACCCGGAUUUGCUCGUAUAUUUUGAGCCUAUUCCGAAUGAAGAUCCACCUGAACUGAGCCCGGAAGAUGAUAGUCCUCAAUUGGUUUAUUCACCACAUUGGUAUGACCUAAAGGCACUAUUCAAUAAGUCGUUCAACGGUUUGAUCACGCACGAUGUGCAAGGGCUCAGUCGGGGAACAAAAAAUGUCUUGAAUGCGACAUAUUUUGGCGUGACAGGAGCAAACAAAAACUAUAAAGGCCAGAUCCGUAACAUUGUGCGAACUGGACGUAAACUAGUAGGAGAUAAACCAGUGUUGUUCGGCGAAUGUGGGAUUCCUAUGGAUAUGAACGAAAAGAAGGCUUUUGAAACAGGUGAUUAUACUCAUCAUACAAACUUCCUGGACGCGAUGAUAAAUGCUAUGGAGGCUAGUCUCGUGAACUUCACCUUGUGGAAUUAUAAUCCGCACAAUGAUAAUAUAUGGGGCGAUCACUGGAAUGGGGAAGACUUCUCGAUAUAUUCACCAAAACCCUCACGUUCUGGGUCAAGAGCAGGAUCACGCCCAAGCUCGCGCUUGGCUUUGAAUUCUUCCGAAGAUUUAUUGGACGUGAACGGCGAUGCAGUCUCAGUAGAUGGUUCCGAAAAAGCAGAUCCACCCCCAACGCCAAGUACUCCGAUCACUCCUUUUGAUAUUACGGACGUGUAUUUCAGCGAAGGUGAUCACAACCAUCAUCAUCAUGUAGGGGGAAGAGCUUUGGACGCAGUCAUUCGGCCUUAUGCAGCGAAAAUUGCGGGAGAGCCAAUUACGAUGCGCUUCAAUUUGAAGACUUUGGAAUUCAAAUUGGUGUUCACUACCGACGGGUACAAUCCGGCUACAGUACUGGCUCGCCAAGAUAAAGCCGAACUGACCAAAAGUGGCGGCGCCGUGGAUGAAGUUGCCGGGCAGUGGGAUUCACUUGCCUACGUUACCGAAAUUUUUAUUCCAUCCUACCAUUAUGGGGACAUGAAUCAUCUUUCGGUUGAAGUGUCUGAUGGCGAAUGGAAGUAUGUCCGGGAGCGCCAAACGCUGUAUUGGUGUUAUGAUGCUACCUACAGAUCACAAUCAACAUCCAGAAGCGCCGGGCGAUUUUUGUGGUCAAUGUUCUUUGGUCAACCUACUGAUGCAGCCGCUGAUCGAAAGGUGACCCAUAUCAUCAGUAUAGGCCCUCCCAAGAAUGAGCUGGAACUCUCAAGGUCCUGGAUCACCAUACUCUGGAAGUGGACCAUUGGAUGGGUGACUGGAUGGAAAUAG